UGUAGUACUGACAAAUAUGUCGGCCUCUGGGAGCCUGCUGCCCACCUAUUUUGUGGAUAUAUGAGAAGAAGACAUAACUGGGACUACAUUUAUUUUGGUUUUCUUAUUUUUUUUACAGCAGUAUUUGCGGAGCAGUCUGCAAAUAGACGUAACAGCUUCAAGCUGAGGCUAGCAGUGCAGCUAACUGUAGCUAACGUUAUCUUUAAAUUAGCCUGGCGCUGGCAUAGCUAACGUUAGCAGGAUCCUCGCGGCUUGUAAGGAUAAUAAUGGACGUGCCGAGCUGAUCUUUGUGAUGUUUUUACCCCGACGGAUGCAACGAGACGAAGGCGGGGACACUAAUUUCACCGUUUUGCUGCUGAGCCCAUCACAGGUGCAGCGCCCUGACCAACUAUCAGACUGCAUCCACCGUUUUUAAACCCAUGACAGCCAUCUUUUUUUUCAUCCAUGAAAUUAAGCUUUUCCAAGUAAAAAGGAAAACAAUCUCUGGUCUGAAUUCAGUAAGGACCUAAAAAAUACUCUGGAUAAAAAUGGCCCUGAGAGUCUCCAUGGUCAGCACAUAAAGGGCGUGCUUUUUCACAUAUUUGCUGAGGUUAUUUUUGCUCUGGAGAGUCUGAAUCCUCUGAGGAAUUGUUGUGUGAGGGCGUUAUCCAAGCCUCAGUGCUCUCCGCUGGGGAAGGAAGCCGAGGGAAGGCCCUGGAGAAAACGGCCUAUUGCUGGAAGGCCAAGAGUUACAUAACCAACCGUCCACUAAGCGGAGGAAACUGAGAUGUUACAUCGCUGGGUGAUAAAUUAGAUAUGAUUAUUAUCUAUUCGCUCUUUCUGUAGCUCUUCUUCAAACCGUACAUGGAUACUGAUGGAUGCUUUGCUGGGUUAUCCCUCACAUGCUUUGGAAAGAUCCCCUCUAUCACUUCCUGCUUUUUGUUUUCCAAUCACAUCCUGGGUGCAGCAGGCAGGUGAGCUGGUCUGAAUCAGCCGCCGCCGGGGUUUAGGGAUGCCCCGGCACAGGAAAACCAGGCUGCUCCACUGGCCCGCUAACAGACUCCUGAUUCUAAUACGAGUCCUGGACUGAAAGCAGAUCAUCUCCUCCUCUGACGGAGAGCAGGAAGGACAGGGUGUUGUUUUUUUUUUUUUGUUUGUUUUGUUUUGUUUUGUUUUAGUUUUAGUUUUUUUAAUUUGCAAGACAUUUCCUUUACACACUGUUGAUCCUUGGAUGAGUUUAAAUCCCCAAACAUUUCACAGCAUCUUCAUCUACAGUUCUUUUUGCUUUGGAUUAGGAGAGUCGAAGAGGUGGAAAAACAGAAAGCUUAAUCAGAUAAUCUUUUUGGGCUUCAUUUAAUUUCACUGCAGUCGUUUUUAACUGGUCUACCUCUGCCAACUCUUGUACCUCAGUUAACUCCUAACUUUUGACUUAAACUGGAUCAGUUAAAAUCAGGCACACGAUUGAUCAUUUAAUCUUUGUCAGACUCUUAUGACUAAAUCAUUUAUAAUCUAAAUUAGUGUCUUUUACAGUGGAUUCCUUAUGCUUUUUUACGUUAAAUGUCAAUCUUGAUUUUUUUUUAAUUGUACUACUAUGAUUUUUAUUUCACGGAGCCUUGCUUCACAAGGCUGCACAUGAAACACAAGUUUCCUUUUUAGAACCACCAUAUUUGUCAGUUUUGUAUGUUCUCUUUUGCUUGUAACUGAUCGUAUUAUUGGGUAGGCAAGAAUCAAAUCAGCAGUCUGCAUUUAUCUGUAAUUCUUGAAGAGAUUGCCCAGACGCCUCUUCCUUCUUUACAUCAGUGGCUUAUUUGUUCAUCCCGCCUUCCCACCUGUUUUUUUCUGGCUGACAGAAAAACCACGGCCUUUGCAUCAGAGCGACCUGUAAAGCUUCUUUAAAUCUGAACACACACCCACAGGGUUGAUCAGGAUUGACCUGAGAACUGAAGAGAACAAGCUUCACCUCCCAUCCAAGUGAUGCACAGGAAUGUGUUCCUACUUUUUACAUAAAGAAUCAUCAACAAUUAUUUUUUCUGCACCAUCAUUUUUACCAUCAAACCACUUAAAAGACCUAAAGAUACAUUAAACUCUGAAUGAAAUAUCCCUUGGAUUAGCUGACAUACUCACUGCCACUGACAGGAAGUGAUGCCAGGUGGCAGCAGUAAGAGUGGUGGGCGGGGUCCAUCCUCCUCGCCCCUCCCCCACACUGCUGUCCCACCCAGUAGACCUCUGCGACCCUCCCGCUACGUUCCAGUGUCGGCAGCAACUUUCUUCCUGGUUGGCUCCACCACGCUUUUCUUCUGCUUCACGUGUCCGUGGCUUUCAGAGCGUUUCUCCGUUGCUGUACCAAUCUAUAAUGGAGUCAUCUUCCUGUUUGUGCUGGCUAACUUCUGUAUGGCCACAUUCAUGGACCCUGGCAUCUUCCCCAGAGCGGAGGAGGACGAGGACAAGGAGGACGAUUUCCGUGCUCCGCUCUAUAAGACGGUGGAGAUCAGAGGGAUCCAGGUCAGGAUGAAGUGGUGCUCAACGUGCCGCUUCUACAGACCGCCACGGUGCUCUCACUGCUCAGUCUGUGACAACUGUGUGGAGGACUUUGACCAUCACUGUCCGUGGGUGAACAACUGCAUCGGCAGGAGGAAUUACCGCUACUUCUUCCUCUUCCUCCUCUCUCUGACGGCUCACAUCAUGGCCGUGUUCGGCUUCGGCCUGCUCUUCAUCCUUUACCAUCGGCAGAACAUCGACCGCUUGCACGCCAUCGUCACGCUGGCUGUAAUGUGCGUUGCAGGACUGUUUUUUAUCCCUGUUGCUGGUCUGACUGGUUUCCACAUCGUGCUGGUGGCCAGAGGAAGGACAACCAAUGAACAGGUAACGGGUAAAUUCAGAGGAGGUGUAAACCCAUUCACUAAUGGAUGCUGGAAGAAUGUCUCACACGUCCUCUGCAGCUCACAGGCACCCAGGUAUCUGGGCAGAAAAAAAUGUGUGCAGAGCGUUUGUGUACAGCCUCCUUUUCUGAGACCGCAGCUCACUGAAGCCCAGCUGGCUGCAAAGAUCCUCGACAACGGCAUCCAGGGAGACCUGCACCGGUCAAAGUCGAGUCUGGAGAUGAUGGAGAGUCAGUCCUGUGAUGCCGAGCCUCCACCUCCACCAAAACCCGAGCUGAGAUACCCAGGAAUCACCAGAGGAAACACAGAGGAAUGCAGUCUGCUGAACAAAGCCCCACCUACCCCCACUAUGUACAAGUAUAGACCCACCUACAGCCCGGGAAAGAACCACACGGCUCUCACACACGCCUACGCUAACCAGCUGAGUCGAGGGGAGAGCGUUGGCAGUGCCAGAGACUCCUCCUCCUCUACCUCCUCCCUCCUCCAGGCCAGUCAGCAGCCUGGUUUCCGCUCCCAGCCCAGCCUGGACCGCAGGGACACGUCGUCGGACAGAGCGGGAGGGGGAGGAGGUGGGGAGAGGAGGGAGGGAGCAAGAGAGGGCAGCGGAGGGGGCAUCCCCGGCUACACCCUGGGCGGACGCUCCUAUCCCUCCUUCUCUGACCCCACCGUCCUAUCUGGAGUGGCGUCCCGAUCCUCCAGCUCCACCCACACCUCAGCAGGUGCAGCACAUGUCUCUGAGGCAACCACCACUUCUACCAGCUUCAAGAGCUUAGCCAAUCAAACACCCCCACCUCAUCAGCCGUCACGUAACGGGAGCCUGUCGUAUGACAGCUUACUGGCAGGUGGGGAGGACUCAGCAGCCCCUGAGCUUUCCUCUGGGAGACCCUGUUCACCAGGAGCAGGCGGCUACACGUCGCCAUUUUCGUCAUCGCAGCAGAGAGGAGCAGAGAUUCACUCCCAGUCCUCCCAGUCCCCCCACCACCAUCACCGCUCCUCCCACCAACACCACCACCCUUUCCUCCACCGCUCUUCCUCCACCUCCUCCUCCCCUCCUCCUGCAGAGCGAGAACGCCUACCAGGAGAGCCCCACACAGGAGUUCAUCCUCCGUCAGCCAAUCAGACCCCUGCUCCCCCGCCAACCUCUGCCCCGCCUCCUCCACACCAUCAUCAUCACCACCAUCACCAUCACCACCACUCCCAUCAUCACCACCACUCCUCCUCUUCCUCCUCCACAUCCCGCCCUCCCCGCUUCGCUCCACCUCAUGCUCCGCCUCACCAUGCUUACCCCUACCGCACCCGCUCCACAGACACUCCCCUGGGCCCCACCUCCACCACCCACCCUCCCCGCUCCCCGCACCCUCCACCUCUGGGCAAGUCGCUUUCUUACUCGAGCGCUGCGGCGGCUGAAAUGCAGUACCGGCUGGUUCGAAAGGCCUCGGCGUCAGCCGGAGCCAACGCAGCAGGGGCGGGAGGAGGUGGAGGGAUGGGAGGAGGAGGAGUUCAAGCGCCGAAGGAUGAGCUGAUCCAGAUGAACCCUCUGAGUCGGACCAACGGCGCUCAGCCCUUCUCCCCCACGUCUUCCUGCUCUGCCCCUUCCUCUCCCUCCCACCCCGUUGGCGUGUCCGCCCGGCCCCCACUGGCCUACCCCAGCUCUGCUUUGCUGCAGAGCCCCGCCCACAAGCCCCAGAGCGGGGGGGUAAAGAAGGUGACGGGCGUCGGGGGAACCACCUAUGAGAUUUCUGUGUGAGAAUCGCCUGGCCACCACCUCAAGGACCAAUGAGAUGCAGACGUCUCCCUUCAGUUCAGGAGACACUGGGACGUCUGAGGAUGCAGUGAAACAUUUAAGCACAUCUUGCUCCUCACUGGCUGAUUAAAUGUGGAGAUAAACUGAACUCCACCUCGAUGACUUGACUACAAAGAUGGCAGAUGUGAGCCAGGACUCUGGUUUGUAACAGACUUCUUAUUUUUGGACCAAACAGAAAGGAGGAUUCAUCUCAUUUUUUGGUUUCAUCCUCUCUGUAGCUCAGUGGGUAGCACAGGUGGGUCUGGGUCUUAUAUUAUACAAGUACAGCAGCGCAACGCGUAACCACUGCCAGGUGAGGAGCUCGACCCCACACUGGGUCCAACAAGAGCGCUGGACUUAAUGGGUCAUAUCAGCACUUUGGGCUGAAGCUGCUGUGGUUUAAAAAGGUGCGGCUGUUAAUGUUUCAUCAUUUUUAUGCACACUCUUUGAAUUAUAAAGUCUAAAAACAACAAGGAGCCUAGUCAGAGUGAAAGUAAUCCAUUCACAGAUCGCCCAAAAACCAGAGAGGAUGUCAGAGAAGCCGUUUAUACCACUCAUGCAUUAAUGUUUGUUUUGGGCACACGGAUAAAAAGUGGUAAUCCUCAGUGCUUUGUGUGGACGCAUUAAAAGCGUACUGUAAAUGGUUUGAUAUUCAGCAGCUGUGACUGCAUACAGAGGUGGUCUGAGAUGCCUUCAUCAGGACUGGUUUGACUGUUCAGACUCCACCAGUACUGGCAUGCGUUAAAAACUGCCCCGCCAACUGAUGCAUUCUCUCCAGUAAAUAAAAUUGGUUUAUUUA